AUGGAGGAACUUGUGGAAUGUUACAAGAAUGAUGCAAUAAUGAAAGCCAGGCGUGAAAGGAGGAGAGCUGAGAAGAAAUGGCGAGCCAGUACGCUUAAUUCUGAUUUAAAGCGAGGUGACCUUACGCCUUGUAAUUGAUGAAUGUUUCUAGACGCGGUUAAUACAAGCAAUAUGUUGAUAAUAAUAGCUUAUAAUAGCUCGAACCAGGGAAGGCUCUUUGGGGUCAGUAAACGCCUUUUGAAUUUGUGGGCAGAUGAGGCUCUACCCCAUCAUACGGACGCUUACGCGCUGGCAAAUGACUUGAGUGAACAUUUUGUUCACAAAAUCACGGCUAUUAGGCCUGAGUUAGAUGCCGAAAACCACUCUACCAUCAAUGAUGCUCUCUCGCUUUUUCCAACAAGUCCUCCAGGUUGUGACAUUGAGUUUUCUGAAUUUACUCCAUUGUUUGAAGAGAAGUUACGGAUAAUUGCUGAUUCAAGCACAAACACUUGUACACGUGAUCCUCUAUCAUCGUCUGACCAAGAUGAACCGUUCCCUGUCAUUACAAAACUGUUAAGCUGUCACGUGGAUCCGGUGUCUUUGUAG